UUUUUAGUAAAAUGAGCCAAAUAUUAAACAUUCCACGUUCAUCAUUACAACUUUUAACUAUUUCUUUGCUUAUUUUCUUCACAAUUGUUGCUAUUCAUUCACAAUUAUUUUAUGAAAAAGCUGACGAGAAUGUAUCCACUGAUAGGCUUCAUCCAGCAAAUACUGAUGAGCUUAACAAAUGCCUUUCACCAGAUUUAGAGGAACAAGAGAAAAGUCAAUUUCGGUUUUUUGCCGCUGUUAUUGAUGCUGGCUCUACGGGAACAAGACUUCAUAUCUUUGAAUUCAGUCAUGAUACAGCAAAGGAUCCUAGCACAUUUAAGUUAGAGGCUGAAACAUAUAGAGAGACCAAACCAGGAGUAUCUGCUUUCGCAAAAACACCAGAACAAGCAGCAGAAAAUAUUCGAGUUUUGUUACUUAUAGCAAAAAAGCACAUUCCUGAAGAGCUUUGGGCAAAAACUCCAAUUACGUUUCGGGCAACUGCUGGUGUUAGGCUUUUGAAUGAUAAAGAAGCUGAGGGAUUACUUUCCCAUAUUGAAACUGAAAUAAUGUCGAGUGGUUUGUUAGUUGAUGAUGAUGCUGUUGGAAUGUUGAGUGGAACUGAUGAAGGAGUUUUUGGGUGGUUUACUCUCAACUUUUUACUUCAAAAGCUCGACAAUGUAUUAAAUGGAAGUGGAAAAGCAGCAACUGCGCUUGAUCUGGGCGGUGGUUCAACACAAGUUACUUUCAUACCCAGCGAUUUUAAUACUGCUAUGCGUGGCCUUCAUCGUCAAAAAUAUUCACAUCGUCUCAAAAUUUUUGAGAAAGAGCUUCGCCUUUAUACUCAUAGUUAUUUGGGCAAUGGACUUGUCGCUUCUCGUUUAGGAAUUGCCAAGUUGUCUUCUCCAGAUUGGAGUCCGGGAGGUGCUCCAGCACUUAAAACACAUUGUUUGCCAAAGAAGUUUAUAUUGGAUGAUUUUGAUUAUGCGGGCAAUGUUUGGUUAAUUAGUGCAACAAUCGAUGCAAGUUUUGAAAAUUGUUUGGAAACAGCUAAACAUUAUGUAACAAAUCUUACUGAUAUUAAGCAAAUUAAAUUAUUGGUGGACGAGGAAGAUCUUUAUUUAUUUGGAUAUUUUUAUGAUCGUGGGUUACAAGGAAAUAUAGUUGAAUAUACUUUGGAACAAAUUGGAGGAGAAGCAAAAGUUGGCGAUUAUAAAAUUGCUGCUGAAAAAGGCAGCUUGUGCUAUGCCAUCAGAAGCCAUCGGGCCUGAACCAUGGCAACCGUGGCAAUGUCUUGAUUUAACAUAUAUUUAUACACUUUUACAUUACGGAUAUGGAUUGCCUGAUGACAGGAAA